AUGCCGGUCUCCUACAGCGCAGAGGUCGCCACGGCCUUGUCCACCGAGCUGCGCGUCGUGCUGGCGGACAACGACGUCCCCGAGAACGUCGCCAAGUUUCUCGUGGACAAGAACAUCGUCAAGCUCGGCGCCUUCGCCGACUUGGCGGAUUCAAAGUCCAACGUCGCGCAAGCGGGGGCCGAGACGAAGGCCAAGCUGGAGGCCGCAGCCAAAGGCGACAGCGCCGAGAAGGACAUAUCCCUGGGCGCAGAGCAGCGCGAACGCUUGGAUGCGCAGGUAAAGGAGUACUACCACUUCGUCUGGCCUGCGCAGUGGCUCCCGGCCAACGGGCUCAUGGGCAAGCUCAAGCGGAUGUGCGAGAAACACACGGUCGACCCGCUGUUCAAGAUGUUCUUCUCCAAGCAGGGCGGGGUGCAGGCCCGAGCCGAGAGCGCCUGCGCGCCGGUUCAGGGCUUGACCAAGUUCCGGGAGCGGCACUUCCAGCUGAUGAUCGCCUACAACCAGGCGGCCGCCCCCGAGUUCGAGAACGCGUCGCUCACCGUCCUGCUCGAGUGCCACCAGUGGCUCAUGGAGAAGAUCAUGGACGUCAAGUGGUCGCCGGAGAUCGUGCGCGAUUUCCUCAAGGCCGACUUCCGCAUGCGCACCAAGUGGAUGUUGAGUUGGCAGCGGAGGGAGUUCACGACUUUCAAGGACGUGGUUGCCCACCACCGCGGCCAGAGCGCCUACCUGUUCUCAGACGCCGGGGACAGGAAGCGGCCCAGGAGCGAGUCGCAACCGCGAGGGCGCGCCCGCAGCCGCGGCCAGGGCGCCCAGACCCCCCGAGACGAGCAGCCGCGCAAGGCUUCAAGGCCAGGCGGCGCCGCCAGGGCCAGCCAGCCCCCAGCCUUCACCAAGGAGAACUGGCCGGGACUGGAGCGCACGAACAAGAAGACCGGGCAGGCCCGGUGCCCGUUCUACAACAAGGCCACGGGCUGCCGCAAGGGCGCGGCGUGCCCAGACUCACACGAGUGUGACUACCCUGGGUGCGGUGCCGGGGCCCGCUUGCAGGGAACGGUCAGCGACAGCCCACAGGCAGGCGUCGUUGAGCAGCCCAGCAGGCGCCGACUGAGGGCCCGGAUCGGGCGCGCGCUGGCGCUUGGCGAGCAGCCGCGUGGCAGAUGCUUCGAGCCGCUUAUCCAGCAAGGAUGCGGGCCCGAGGCGUUCCUCGAGCAAUUGCCUCGUCUGCAGCACCUGGCUGUUGCUCCCCCGCCGAUGCCUGCCGCGUGGAUACAGGCCGCCAGCAGUAUGUUGGACCACCUGGAUGAUUUACACAGCUGGCGAGAGACGCAGAUGCAGCCCGUCCGUGAUGCUGCUUGGCGCCUGACAGGCAUCAGAGAGCAGUAUGCCGAAAAUCUACACCCCGACGUCCACAAAGUAAUCGGCCACCUGCAUUUACCCCUCCUGGAGUGGAUGGUGGAUCACCCCAAGUACAGCGGCACUGAUUACGGCGCCUGGCUGAUGCGCGGCAAGCCUUGCUUGGGAGAGAUCCCGCCGAGCGGCGUGUUCACCGAGGACCACAACAGGGGCGCGAUUACGAUCGAAGAUUGGAUUGCGUGUCCGCGAGAGCGGAACGAACGCGCGAUCCGAGGCGAGCUUGCAGAACUUGACCUGGAUAGGACAUGCCUGACUCCCUGGUGGCCCAAGUGGGAGCUCAAGGAGGACGGCGCGUGGAAGUGUCGUAACAUUUCUGAUUGGAAAGUAUCUGGGGGAAACGACGCCGUCACGCUGUGCGAGAAGUAUUCUCCUGGAGAUUUAUCAUCGGCACACGCGGUGGUGCGCAUCCUCAGAGAUGCCCUCCCCAACAACGUGCGCCUCCAAGGCUUCCGCAUCGACUGGGAGAUGGCGUUCCGGCAAGACCCGCUAUGGCCAGGACGUGCUCCAUGCCAUUACGAACUGGUGUGGAAUCCCCAAUUUGAGCGGGUCCAGUGGGUGAGGCCGCUGGGAGGGACUUUCGGCAACAAAGCUGCCCAGACGAACUUCGUCGAACAUCCACAUUUCAUGUGUUAUUUCGUGAGAGUGUGCUUGGGCAUUUUGCUUUGCCAUUACUCUGAUGACAUGUGGGACGUCGAACCGGAACAUGCCGCCAAACUUUCCCAUGCUAUCGUGUUGGAGAUACUGGACCUUCUCGGCUGGAGGUGCGACAAAAGCAAGAGCAAACCACCCAGCGAGCACCUUCGCCUACUUGGCGUGGAGCACCGGUCGGGCCUUGAGGCGACAGUUUGGCUCUGCGAGGCCAAAAUUGACAAGCUGCUAUCUCAGAUCCGCGCCCACCGAGCUACAGGGAGGGCGACAGCAGCAGACGCCUCGACGCUGCACGGCUCGUUCAACUGGGUGCGCUCGAGCUUCUGGGGCCGGUGUGGAGCAGCAGUGCUGGCGCCGCUGCGAGCCCGUCAGAGGAGCGGAAACUUCUUCGGAGUCAACAGCGCCAUGCUCGCCAUGUUCAGGUGGCUCGAAGAAGCACUCGUCCUUGAAAAUCGGCGCCGUGUUCUGUGCGACAUAUCCUGCUUGCCCCUGGUCGUCGCCAUCAGCGACGGUGAGGGUUCGGGCAACGUCGCCGUGGCAAUGUGGCAACCAGCAGAGCCAGUCGAACGCCCCCGCAUCACGGCGACGAGGGUCCCAGAUAACGUGCUGGCGAAGUGGGCACAGCAUGCCUCCAACACCAUAGCUCCAAUCGAGGGUGUGGGGCCACUGCUUGCCUUAGCCACGUGGCCAGGCCUGGAGCAUCGACUCUGUAUCCACUUCAUAGACAACACGGACGCCAUGCACGCGCUGAUCAAAGGCAACAGCGUGAACGCAGAUCUGAACAACGUGAUGCACGCCACGUGGAAGAUUGUCCACCGGCGACGACUGCAUUUGUGGGUCGAGUAUGUCAAUGCCCGCGACAACCCGGUGGACAAGGCCAGUCGAGGGUGUACGGACGACCUCUACGACCAAGGCUGGGUGUGGGACCCGCCGGGCGAUCUGUCACAUUUCUUGUGA